AUGGCAGAAGACGGUGAAGGAGAUCUCUGGCUCUUUGGAUAUGGCUCGUUGAUUUGGAAACCUCCACCACAUUAUGAUCUUCGUCUUCCAGGCUACAUAGAGGGCUAUGUUCGUCGUUUCUGGCAGGCCAGUGAAGACCAUCGCGGAACACCCGAGGCUCCCGGUCGAGUCUGCACAUUGAUAGACCGCGAGCUCUGGGAAACGCUCACAGACCAACACGCCUCAGCCCCACCAAAAGUCUGGGGAGCAGCCUAUCGCAUCCCCUCCCAACAUGUUCCCGAAGUGAAAGAAUACCUCGACAUCCGCGAGAUCAAUGGUUACAGCAUUCAAUACACUCCCUUUCAGAUCCCCAAACCUCAGGACAUGACUGGGACUUACCAACCUGUUCACAUUCCAUCUUCCUCCCAAUCCUCUCAUGCUGGAAAACCGAUAAACUGUUUGGUGUACAUAGGGUUACCGGACAAUCCUCAGUUUCUCGGACCGCAAGAUCCGCAGGCAUUGGCGGAACACAUUGUGAAGUCGAGAGGACCGAGUGGAGAGAAUCGAGAGUAUCUGUAUCAAUUGGAGGAGGCGUUGAAUGGAUUGAGUGAGGGGAGUGGAGACGAGCACAUUAGUGACUUGGCGAGGAGGUGUAGAGAGGUGGAGGCGCGAGAGCAAUCCGCGGAAUAG